UUUCGGUCAGUAGUAGAUAAUCAAUGGAAAUUCGUAUGCACACAAUUAAAUUCAUCAGUUUAAAAAUCAGUUUGUGGUUAGUUCGUUAUAAAAGAACAAGUGCUUCGGUUUUCGGAAAGACAACCUGCAGAAAAAGUGUAUUUUUUAAACUAAGUGAAUUUUAAGAAAAACCUAAAAUAAGACGACAGUAAAAAUCAAGAAUGUUGCAAAAUGACGCUGUUCGAAAUUUACAAUACGAUAGCGAAAUUCGUGUCGCUCAACAAAAUAAUGCGGAACCUAGAGUUUAUGGUGGACCUAUCAGCAUUACCUCACAACCAACCUCUCCCGAACGCAUACCAUUACCCCUACCCGUAUCCACAGUGGGUACCAAUAUUUCCACGCAGCGUAGUUUCAGCAUACCAAUGACCGGUUAUGAUUUUCUAACAGAGUUACCAUCAUUGCAUAUUGAGCAAACAUUUGAAUUGAAUGCGGCUUUGACCUCUGUCUCCUCUGAGAAUCGCUAUGUGGUACGCUCACCCUUGGGAGAUGCAGUUUAUGCCGCCUCCGAGAGCUCAACUUCCAAUAAUCGUUUACUCUGGGGCGCUGCACGGCCAUUUCAAAUGCAUUUGCUGGAUAAAACGCACCAGGAGGCCAUGCUAUUUCGUAAACAAUUUGCGCUGGGUUCAUUAUGCUGUCAUCCCAAGAAUUUGGAAGUCUGGAUACCACCGGGUAAUCUAUUGGGACGCAUAGUGCAUUCGCCGACAGUUCUAAAGCCCGUCUACUACAUACAAGAUGGCGUUACCGGUGAGCCGAUUUUCUGCAUAGAGGGUCCAGAGAACUCGGGUUUUUGCUGCUUCUGUUUGCCGAAGGAAUCGUUCUUUAGGAUUCACUCGGGCGGCGACUUGCGUGCGUCUAUUGAUCAUAAGUGGGUAGCCAAUAAAUCGCAGUAUACCACGAAUAUAUAUUUCAGUGAUGCCAAACUUUUGGCCAAGGAGCGGGCUCUUAUUUUGGGUGCCGCGUUUUUGUUGGAAUAUAUGUACUUCCAAACCAGAAUGUGAGCCAACCAACUUCCACUAAGGAAUAAUGACACCAAAAAACAAUAACAAACAGCUCACAGUUACCCAGGCAGUAGCGCAUACGGUGCCGGGUCCAACCAAAGCCGGCAAAAAACAGCCUCAACACGAGUAUUUUUUUACCUUUUGUAAUUGAAAUUUUUCUUUUAACUACAAAGUUUAUAAAUGAAAAUCAUUAUUUACGACAUUUUUGCAGAUUUCAUUUUUAUUCACUUCCAUCGGUCAUGUGGUUUAUAUGUUUAUAUGUUUAUAUUUAUAUUUAUGUAUGUAUGUAUUGGUAUAAGUAAUCGUAUAUGUUCAUUAAUACAUACAAAUACAUAACUAUUUUACUUGAAUAAUAAUUAUUUUUAUUUACAAUUACAUUCUUGCAACUUGAAUUUUCCCUUAUGCAUUCACAUUUAAUGCUAAAAAAUAUAAAUUAUGUUACAUACAAUCACACCGAUGUAAAAAUUGAUUAGACAAAAUAUUAUUUGCUUAACAUUUACAUACAUAUAAUUUAAUCAGCUGUGACACACAAAAAUAGAAUUUAUUUAAAAUAUUUGUUUUUAUGCACUGAUAUACAAAUGUAUUUGCAUACAUGCAUUUUGUUUUGAUUUGUAGUUGACAACUUAUUGCUAUUCACUUAUAAGUAAAAUGUUGAUUUAAAUUUCUUUGCGAAGCGUAAAAAAUCUAAUUGCAUUAUUAGUACAAAAAUCAGAUUAACUAAAUUCAAAUCGACUAUUAUAUUUGUAAGCAUAGCGCGUUUGUUACUAUUUAUUAAAAACAAAAAAAAUGUUACUCUUGUUUUAAAUUGCAUAAAAAAUAGACUAUAAUUUUGCACUAUUGAUAAAAGGCUUAAACUAUAAUUAUUAAAGCUUAAAUUUUUAAUUCAUCAUUACAAAAUUUUUUUCAUGGAUAUACAUAUGAGCAAACUUAAACUUGAACUCUUAGCCUAAACGCGUUCAACGACGUUUGAUACGAGCACAACAAAAUUAUGUACUUCAAUUACAUUUGCAUGCAUGUAAUAGCUAUUACAUUUGCAGUCUCGUUGUUUAUGGAAAAACACUAAAAAA